AUGGGGGAACCUCUGGCACACGGGGGGACCUUCUGGCAGCACACGGGGGACAUUUCUGGCAGCACACGGGGACCUCUGGCAGCACAUGGGGGGACCUCUGGCAGCCACGGGGGACCCCUCCCGCCGUCCCUCCUCGUCCUCCGCGACCCGCCGGCGCCCAAGGGUUCUCCCACAAGCAGCAGCGCGUCGCCGCCACGCCCCGGAGGACCACCGGAGCGAGGCGCCCACCUGGCCUCGCCCGCGCAGGGAGGGCCCCCGGAUCGUGAGGUGUCCCCCCCCCCGCGCACGGGACUCUCGCCUCUCUCCACGCGGGACGCAGGGACGAGAAUCCCGUGCGAUGGCCGGUGCCUAAGCCUUCCGUUCCCAGGCAAGCGCCGUGGGCCCUAUGGCACGGGGGCUUAA